GAUGGUAUGAUGUUUGAUGGACCACUAGGCACUUUGGCUCAUGCCUUUCCCCCCGGUUCUGGACUCGGUGGAGAUGCACAUUUCGAUGAUGAUGAGUCUUUUACAUUCCGCUCAUCUAAAGCAUUUGUCCUGUUCUUGGUGGCUGCCCAUGAGUUUGGUCACUCUUUGGGUCUUUCUCAUUCCAACAUUCCUAACGCUCUGAUGUUUCCUACAUACAACUUCACUGAUCCGGAUCGUUCCCCUCUGUCCUCUAAUGACAUUGAUGAGAUUCAGUCACUCUAUGGUCCACCAAAUUGUCAAAACCUGGUCUGGGAUGCAGUGACGACUUUUAGGGGAGAAACAGUGUUCUUCAAGAACGGCUUUUAUUGGCGUAAAUCUCAGAGCAACACUGUGAUACAACUUCCAAUCAGGAGUUUCUGGCCCAACGCUCCUGAUAAUGUAGAUGCUGCUUAUGAGGAUCCAGCGCAAGAUAAACUUUUCCUAUUCAAAGGUACACAAGUGUGGGCUUUCAAUGGCCAAAAUCUUGAGCCUGGCUAUCCUAAACCUCUCAGCAGCUUUGGUCUGCCAGCAUCUGUGACCAAAAUUAAUGCUACCGUCCACAACAAGAACACAGGAAAAACACUGCUGUUCUUUGACAAAUCUUACUAUCGUUAUGAUGAGAGGCUGAAUCAGAUGGAUGAAGGGUAUCCCAAACGAGUGGAAGAUGUAUUUGUGGGGUUGACUGGAGAGGUUACAGCAGCCCACAUGACCAACAAUAACAUUUAUCUCUUCAGUGGGAAAAAACUGUUUGAGUUCAGAAUGUUCCUUCAUCUGCUGUUCCCACGUCUGCUGAGGAGCAAUUACUUCCUGCCCUGUUAGUCAGCUUCCCUGAAACAUAGAUGGAGAUGGAGCAUAACGGCUAUUUUAAAACCACUUACUUUAAAAAAAUAAACUAUAAAAACGUAAAAAACACAAUUUGUUGAGUCAGCUUAAAAUAAUUUGUUACCCUGCUGCCUUAAAUUUUUAAGUUCAGUCAACUAAAAUAAGUUUAUUCAACAAAUGCUGAGUUGUACUAAGUAACAACUUAGAUAUUUGUGUUUGCUAAACUUAACAGAUGGGUAAGUAACCCAGCUGCCUUAACAUUUUAAGUUGAUUCAACUCAAAUAUUUAAGUUGUCACUUAGUAUAAUUUAACAUUUCAAGUUGAAUAAACUUUUUGAGUUGACUGAACUUAAAAUUUUAAG